AUGAAGUGGAAGUUCCUAACUCGUAGAUUUUCAUCACGUACAUGUCAGAAUGUUGAGAAGCUAAUCGCAAAGCCAGCAUUCAACUGUGAGCCAAAGAUGACCAAGGUCGUCAAUGAUGUUGACGGUUAUUUCAAAUAUAAAUGCGUGACAGGCGGGAGGCGUGGAUGGGAUGUUAAUAUCGUCGCCUGUGUAAUGAAGGACGGCACUGAGAUUGAAGCUGGCACACAGAAGACCAUCGGUGAAGCGGUAAUGGAUUGUCGAAAGGAAGCUGAUGGAAUAACGGUAACUCUCUCUUCAAGUCCCGCAGAGAAUGCUUCCUGUGAAGGACAUAAACCAGGUGAAGAGUGGCUACAUGCUGAUAUUUUCAAAGUACGAUGUGGUCAAUAUGGGAAAUGGCAAUUUUUGGGUUGUGUCGUUGAUGGGACCUUCUAUAAGGACGGAGAAACAUUUCAAAUUGCGCGAGAAGAUAUGAAGUGCUGGAACCAGAAAGACGGGAACAAAGACCACUAUAGGUUGUCCCCUGUAGAAUGA